AUGGCCUCGGAACCACCCCUCGUAGCCACAGAUGAGCACCUUCUGCGGUACUUCGACAUGACAUCGGCAGAGAAACAGGCGCUGGAACUGGAACAGCAGGACCAGAGCGGACAACAGUCGCCACAGACUCUCCGUUCUCCCACUACGCCCCGUGGUGGUACGAACCGUCCAGCCCCGUUGGCCAACGCUCUGCCGUUGCUGCUGCUCGACGGUGCCGACACGCUGGUCCAGACCAUCCCCCACCGCGUUCACAGCGAGAAGCUUCUGAGUUCGGGCUCGACCUUCUUCAAGAGGGCCACUCAGCCACGCUAUCAAACCCAGGUGCGGAAGCGGCGCGGAUGGGUUGACAGACUGCCCACCGGCAUCAAAUAUGUGAUCGAUCUGACCCCACCCGACGCGGAUGAGGAUGCGAUUAUCUUCAUGACGGAGCUUUCGUGUCCGAUGGCCAUUCGCACCUGGGCGCUGCAGAAGACCCUCUGGUCUCUGCCAUCCGAGUGUGUCGGGGGCAAAGACGAAAUAACCUGGCCCGAGCAGACCGAAGACCCGCUGGACCCGUUGUUGAUGUCUGACGACGAUAACGUGUUGUCGAAGAUGCAAAAUUUCCCGGAGACUACUACGAGAGACUUUCUUAAGUCUCGAAUCCAGAAGUAUGGCUUACCUGUGGAAUACUCGCCCCAUCGGCAUCGAGAGGGAAUUGAAUACAUCCUUCAUGUUUUGGAGGAUCUAAACCCAAGAAUCGACACCCCGUGCAAGAUCUGGACUUUCUACGGGCUGGCGAAGAUUUUUGAUGUCUUGACUGUCCCGGCCAUAAGUAACCACCUCGUUUCUUGGUUCUACGAUUCGACCAACGCGAAAAUCAUCCAAUUCUACCCGGAGAUCGCAUACCGGGUGGGCCGUGGACUCCAAGCGCCUGCCCUGUGCCGUGAUUCGUUUGUUGGGCUAGUGGCGGAUGAGGCUCUUUUGUACCUUGUUCGAGCGGCGAAUCAGCGACCCUUGGAUCGCAAUCAGUACCAGACCCUCACCUGCAGCCGGAUUCGUGAUUUCCUUGAUGACACCGAGGUGCAACGCAUCGAGUACGCUAGUAAGAGCUUUGCAGACCAUGUCGUCAACCGCUUUCUUCACUUGAUCGGAGAAGAAAUGAGCUGGCUGAACGGUUUGGCCGAAUUUCAGAAGCUUACGAGUCAUCUCGGACAGUGGCCCCGUGAUCGGGAUGUCGUGCUGAUGCUCAUUUUGACGGUGAAGAACUACAUUCGGAGCAGAUUGUACGCAGAACUGCGCAAGACGAGGGACACGGCGCGGACAAUGCCUGCAAUCCCAUCGGAGUCUGAUGAUACACUGGGAGGAUUUGUCCCCUACAACGACGUGAAUCACCACGCCCCCGGGGUGAUAUACCAACGGCAACAUAUCCUCCAACGAAUUUUGGGCAGGGGUUUCUGGAACAGUCUUCUCGGGGUCACCUUAAGCGGGGAUUCAGAGAAUCAAUCAAUUGUUAAUGCCGGGCUCCAGGGGCAUCGAUCGAUUUUGGAGCUGGGUAACGGUCUACCGGCGUUCAGGGACCAGGGAUUUGCCGUCAUUCGUCGCGUUUCUAUUGACGAGAUCUGGUCACGAGUCGAGGAUUUCAACCAGACCGUUUAUCGGCAAUCUGCUUGUGGCAUUAUGUCCACCACUGAGACCCCACGUUUGAACUAUUUUAAUCCUCCCGCUAUGCCGACGUGGAAUCUAGUAACGAAUCUCCGCCGGCCAGGACAUGACUAUCGAUCCAGUCAGGCGGAUAGAGGCGGUGAUUCGACGUGGAACUCUGAAACUUCAGGUGAUUCUCUUGGAUCCCCAGGACCAACUCUGAUCAAACCCGGGCCGACCAUGAAUUUGGUUACAGGUCUGCAGCGUCCGGGGCUUGUUGCCGGAUCAAGCCGUGCAGCCGUGGCGGGGGCCCAUGCCGCCGGCUCCGAGAUCAGCCCAUUCUUCCCCUUCGAUCUUUCAGGCCCGAAUACCCCACCCCAGAACCGAGCACCAGGGCCGAUCAUGAACGACCCCAUCGCUCGGAAGUACCCACCGGACGAAGGGCGGGCGAGACAACCUAAAACGUUUGAACUAAGGGUCUUCUUCGACCAAGUCUCCGAAUACUUGGUUAAGUAUGCGCAUGAUAUGUUGUACUCCGAGGAGAUAUCCCUUGUAGACUUCAAACAUCUGAACACCCUCUGCGUCCUGACGGACAACGAAUACCGAUUCUUACCGCUAUGGGCGGGCGGCAAUGAUGACGGAACCGGCGGCGUUUUCACUGAUCACGAUAUCCCCAUCAUGGAAACGGGAGGGUUCUCGACGCCCGGGCCCGCCGUGCGCACCGGCAGUCUCGCCUCUACCCAAGAUUCGUUCAGCGAGAUCAAUCCCAGUGAUUCCCAAAGUACGAUCCAGCGGGCAUCGCAUGAGGCGACGAAUAGUCAUGUCUCAGAGGUCAUGUCCGUGGACUCGAUGGAGUUGACCAAUGAGAGCGGACAAACUCAUGUCUCGGCUGUGAAUUACGACGAUGCCAAUCUGUCGGAUUGGUCCAUGGAGGAUACGGAGGAAGAGCUCGACCUUGACAGUGACAGCACUGUGGUGACGGGGUCUGCGUCUGAUGUCGGAGAUUUCGAUAUGGAUGAAGAUGAGAAUGUUGGGUUUGAGCUGGUGGAUGGACAACACUGA